AUGAUGAAUGUGCCAUCACUCAGCUGCUUCAUCCGUCUUCGUACACUUUGUUUCCUGCGAGGCGAUUACGUGGUAGUUGAUACUCCCUACAACUUUGAGAAGGGCGUGAAGAUCAGCAUUGGUGGAGACCGUCCCGCGGUUCCAGACGGUGGCGCUUCUGGCAGACCCUACUCUUAUUGGGUAUCCGGAAAGGCGGAAACGUCGAGCUCCUUCUCAGCUUGGGAGAUCCUGCUGGAGAAUACUUCGCUUCAAACAAACGUCGCAACAUGUGACGAGCGUGGCUUGCCCCAGAUCCAGCUAUCUCGCACUGUGCCGUAUCUCUCAACAUGCGAGCCUGGGCGAACACCUCGCAAGGGCGUUGUUAGGAAGAUGCGAGGAUGUUACGAGGUUCGUGAUAUUGUGACAUCGCGACAGCGCGAGGUGAACUAGUG